GUAAUUUCCGCGAGGCGCUGCCAUAGGUUUGAAUGCAGCGAGGGCCCAGAAACGAAACCGAUCGCGGCGCAGCCCGGCUUGAGAGGGAGCUGGACCGAGUCAGCCCCAGCUCAGCCGCCGCAGCCCCGGGCCAGGAGCCGCAGCGCAGCCGGGCAGCGGGCACGAAGUUUCCUUCCCUCCAUGCGGCCGCCGGGGGUUUUAAACUUGCAUCGAUGGCCAGGAAGGGCACACCGAGCUAGGACCCUGCCUGUUCCUUGGAGCCUUCCUGAGCAUCUGAUCUGCUUUUAGAGAUUUGUAGCUUUUUUUCACUUGGCCGCUGGGGAAAAUGCCUGCUGUUAACGGCCUCGUCCCCGUGAGGCUGGAUGGCCUACAGAAGCAGCUAGAGCUGUGUCUGGUCUGCUCCAAGUGCAGCGUGAGGGAGAACGAGAGCACCUACUGGCGGAGAGAGGUGGAGCAUCGCUGCAUGCAUGAGAUCCUCCUGGCCCAGUGCAGAAGCAAGAGGAGCCAGCUAUGGAAGAAGGUGGGCAGAAGGCCAGGCUUUCCAAACCCAGCACGUUACACGGUCUGCAGAUACUACUCCCCAGGCCUAGGGUGCAACAAGCACAGGAACCAGUGCACCUUUGCCAGCAGCAAGGAGGAGGCGAUGGUGUGGAACUUUGAGAGAGAGCACGAACUGGAGCGGCGUGUGCUGAAAGCUCUGGUGCUCCAGGCACAGAUAGCAGGCAGUAGAAACAGCCUCCCAAGCCAGGAAGCGCCCAGCACCGCAGGGGAAAUCCGGAGUGAGUUUGGGGGGCAGUUCCAGGAGAUCUGCAAACUCUGCUUUUACCAAAGUCCCCAGAAAAUAUCCUCCGGGGGGCUGGAGAGGCUCUGUGAGGAGCAUGGUGCUUGGAAAGCUCUCCUGGUCCAUGUGGUUACCGAUGGAAGGAGGAAGAAGCAGUACACUGCAAUCAGGCCGUGGCCGGAGUUCAUGUUGCAGCUCAGCUACUGCAUGUUCGUCUCCAGAGGCAAACCGUGCAAGCAUGGGGCACAGCGGUGCAACUAUGCACACAGCGAGGUGGAGAUGGCGGUGUGGGAGGCUGAGCAGAAGCAUGGCCUGGCACGCUCGGACCUGCUGCCAGCCUUAGCAAUGUUCAGCGAGAACGGCGACAAGCCAGCGCAGCCCCAAGUCCAGUUCUACUGCCGGGCCUGCUUGGUGACCUUCAGCUUCCAGGAGAGCUUCGAGAACCACUGCUCCCUGGUGGAGCACAUGCAGAUGGUUUUGGCUGACCCCAUGAUCCAGUGGGCUCACCGCACGCCUCCCUAUGGGCUGACCACAUUCACACUGUGCAACAGAGGGGAUAUCUGUGAAUAUGGCGAACGGUGCACCAAGGCCCAUUCUGUAGAGGAGCUGCAGGAGUGGAUCCAGAGAGCGAAGGCUGCCGAGAGGAACAAGAAAUCUGCCAAGAAAGACGGGCUCCUCUCCUACCAGGACCGUCUCGUUGCUGAGUACAAGGAGUGCCGCAACGAGGUGUUCAUUCUUUCUGAGCAGGUUGAUGGUGUCAUGGUUACCUGCGAGCAGCCCAUGCGGGUGCAUUCAGAGGACAGGAAGAUGCGAUACAGGUGGAAGUUCAAAGUUCACUCCCAGAUGCCUCUGAGGCACGUGGCGUUACUGAAGAGAGAUCCUGGAGCCACCUUCUUCCUAGCAGGGGACGGGUUCCCACGGGGCCUCACUUACAUCCGGGGGGAGCGGUUAAAGGCUCUGCCGUCACCGCCACUCUCGUGCCUAGUGGAGGUCUGCAUGGAGUGCUGCACGUUCGGAGUCUAUGAGCAGUGGGUCGUCUUUGACUUCGGCAGCCGCCCCGUCCUGGUGCGGAAAAUCCAGGCCAAGAUCGGCAGACGGGAGUUCCCCCGGCACAGCACGGAGGGCAGCCGCUUUGUGAACUUUCAGCGCUGGCACAGCGGCAACCGGGUGAUUGUUCCCAGCGUGGAGAUGACCAGUGACGAGGUGGACCUGCUAGCCAAGUACAAAGCGCCAGAGCUCUCCCUGGAGUUCCGGCCCGGCAGCACCACGAACACGCCCAUCACCCACCUCAACUACAGGGAGAGGAUGCAUGACUUCCUGUUCCGAGAGGAGGAAGCUGAGCAGACCCUGGUUGACAAGCUCAACCUCCAGGUCACCAUCUCCCUGACCCCAAUGCUGCAGACCCUGUCCGUGGGGAUGAAAUUUGCCCUCCUUGGUGAGCUCUUUGCUGAAGUGCCGACCCCUUGUGCCCUAACGCCGGACACCAACGAGGGGUACCUGCUGAGCCGGUCUGUGAGCACUGCUUUCCUGGCACCUGACCCGCCCACGGACAACCGGGUGUACGAGGUCAAGGUGGAAAGCAAGGCUAUCACAGAGAAGAGCAUCUGGCUUCUCGUCCCCAAGAGAUGCUGCUCCGAGCUUGGCUUCCAGCAGGGCACCUCCCGCAAGGUGGAGAUCCAGUUCCAGAUCGACCGGCUGCAGUUCCGGCUGUGGCACUACGCAGUGGACCAGCUGCUGGACGAACGGCUGAUCCUGCCCGACGUUGCAGCCUGUUCCAUCCCUUACUCCCCCACACUUCUGCUGAGCGGGAACAAAAAGCAGAUGCAGGCCAUCUCCUUCAUCACUGGCCAGGCCACCAGCACCAGGCAGGUCCCUCCUCUUCUGAUCUAUGGGCCUUUCGGCACAGGGAAGACCUUCACCUUGGCCAUGGCCACCAGGGAAAUCAUCAAGCAGCCCAACACGCGAGUGCUGAUCUGCACUCACACCAACAGUGCGGCUGACAUCUACAUCCGUGAGUACUUCCACGAGUAUGUCACAAACGGGCACCCUGGUGCAGUCCCUCUGAGGAUCAAAUACACAGACCGUUCCAUCAGCAUGACCGACCCCGUCACUCAGCUGUACUGCUGCCUUUCUCCAAACCAGGGGACCUUCAGGCAACCCACUCAAGCAGAGAUCGACAGGCACCGCGUCAUCAUCACCACAUCCAUGCUGUCCAAGAACCUGAGGGUGCCCCCUGGAUACUUCACCCACAUCUUGAUAGAUGAGGCAGCUCAGAUGCUGGAAUGCGAAGCUCUGAUCCCGCUCUCAUAUGCUACUUUCAAGACUCGAGUCGUCCUAGCUGGGGACCACAUGCAAGUGACCCCUAAGUUGUUCUGCCUGGGAGGUGAGCAGUCAGCCGACCACACUUUGAACCGCCUCUUCCAGUACUACCAGAAGGAGAAACAUGAAGUAGCUCUGAAAAGCAGGAUCAUCUUCAACGAGAACUACCGCUCCACUGCGGGCAUCAUCGAGUUUGUCUCCAAGCAUUUCUAUGUCAGCAAAGGCAACACCAUCCGUGCCAGCGGCAACAUCCCGCCCCACCCUGAGCUUCACCCACUCAUGUUUUGCCAUGUGCCGGGCUCCACCGAGCGGGAUAUGGCCAUGACAUCCUGGUACAACGUCUCUGAGAUCAUGCAGGUGAUCGAGAAAGUGCAAGAGAUGCACCAGAAGUGGCCAGAUGAAUGGGGAGCCCGGGACCUGAAGAGAAUCUGCGUGGUCUCCCAUGGCAUGCAGGUCAAUGCAAUAAGGCAGGAGCUGAGGAAGAAGCACCUGGGAGAGGUGGCCGUGGAAAACUUUGAAAACUUACCAGGGAGGGAGUUCCGGGUCAUCAUCAUCAGCACAGUUCACACCAAGGAAAGCCUGCUUAGCUCCGCCUCCCCCAACAUGGAGUUCUUCAACGAAGCGAGAGUGCUGAACACCAUCAUGACGAGGGCUCAGUCACAGGUCAUUGUGGUGGGAGAUGCUGUGGCCUUGUGCUCCUAUGGCCAGUGCAGCAAGGUCUGGAAACGCUUCCUCCAGGAGUGCAUCGAGAAGGGCAGCGUGACUCCGGAAACGUUGACACUGGAGCAGAUUAAGCAGGCAGUGUCCGACAAGCAGAGCUGGAUCCAGGGAAGCACUGAGCAGCAGCAGCUGUGUGAGGAGGAGGACGACAGCGACACGGAUUCCUGGACCUCCGAAUUGGAUAACACAAAUCCCGACGAUCCCAUUCUCCAGGAGCUCCUGGAUGAAAGCAAGAACGUCCAGGUGACUGUUUCCGAAGAAGGAUUGCUGAAUGUGAACUCCGAGGCGUCAGCCCAGCAGAACGGCCGGCUGGAAUACGUCAACUUCUCUUCUCACAUGCAGGAGUAUCUUCGCAUGCAUCCUAAAAUGUACAAGUGUGAGCUGGUCAAAGAGGGGUUUGACAGAGCAUCUGCCUUCACCUUAGAUGAGUCACCUCCCCUCAACAUUCAGAUCAAAGGCAGAGUUCGCUGUGGCAUGGCUUUCACUGGUGACGAAGUGCUAGUAGAGCUGCUGCAGAACAGCCCUGAGGGCGGCGCCCUCCGUCCCAGGGGAAAGUGGUGGGGGUGCUGACGGGCCGAGCGAGAUCGGACCUUCGUCUGCAUGAUGGACGAGUUCGACCCCCGUGUGAUGAUCCCCAUCGACCGCACCAUCACCAAAAUAUUCGUCCCAGGGCUGAAAGAAAAACGUGUUGUCCCCAUCCGCAAACUGGUAAAGGGGAAGUACCAGGUGGUCAGCUGUGAGAAGAUAAGCCAGGAGAUGAAAAGAAGUCAGCUCUUCUGUGUCCAAAUUAUUUCCUGGCGGGAAGGUUUUUACUAUCCUCUGGGCAUAGUAACAGACAUCCUGCCCAUGGCUUUGACUCUGGAAGAAGGCUUGAAGAUCCUUGAUUUGGAAUACGGUCUGGCAAAAAAGUACCCAAGCGAGGUGACCAAGGAGCUGGCCAAAAUUACGUCCAGCAAAUUGAACCCUCCCAAGGAGAAUCUAAGGGACUGCCAGGGCUACCUGACCUUCACUGUCGACCCCCCAGGCUCUAAAGAUUUGGAUGAUGCCAUAAGUGUCCGAGAUGAGGGCAGUUGUUAUGAGAUUGGGAUCCACAUCGCAGACGUGGCUGGCUUUGUUCCCAAAGACAGUGCUUUGGAUAUGGAGGCGAAGAAACGAGGCACUACUUACUAUGCUCCUGGUAAGGAGCCACUGUGCAUGUUCCCACGGAUCAGCCAAGACCUCUGCAGCCGCCUCGCAAAAAAGGAUCGCCACGUGAUCUCCCUGUUUGUCACUGUAGAAAAGACGACAGACAGGAUGAUGAAACGGAACUUCGCUGUGUCCAAAAUCCGCUCAGACCGGCAGCUGUCCUACGAGGAGGCAGAAAGCAUCAUUAAGAACCAUUACAGUGGGGAAGCGAAGGCCCUUCGCUUUGACACCCUUGAGGACUGUAUAGCUGUGGCUUAUCACUUCUCCAGAGUCCACCGACAGUUCAGGCUGCAGGAAGACUGUUACUAUGACCGACUGGAUGAGGAAAGUACCCCAGGCAACAGGGGAUCCCACCAGAUGAUAGAGGAGUUCAUGAUCAUGUUCAACAGCUUCGUGGCCGAGUUUCUAACCAACAAAGACCACACCAAGAACAUCACUCCUCUUCGAUGUCAAAUGGAGCCCAACCCCCAGCAAGUGGCUCAGAUGAAGAACAAAUACAGCCAUGUCAUCCCUUUGUCCAUCCACCUCUCGCACCACCUGGGAGCUCUGCCUGCUGGCCCAGCCCCUGCUGGGCGGGGUGAGUUCAGCCUCCACCCACUGUGGAAGCACCUCCAGUCUGCUGUGGAUGCUCGUGAUGUCCACAAGAUGCUCGACCUCAUUGACGAUGACAUUCACCCGAAGCGCCCCAUCGUCCUGGAGUUCAGGAGGCUCCUGAGCCGCUCCUAUUUCAGUCGCUCCAACUCGACUGCUCAGUCUAAGGCAGGACAUUACUCCUUGCAGGACUCUUACACCUGGGCCUCCUCCCCCAUCCGCCGAUACAUGGACAUCGUGGUCCAGCGGCACCUUCAUUCCGUGCUCUGCAAGAAGCCAGUACUGUCCUUGGAGGACAUUGAAUUUCUCUGCCAUGACUUCAACAGAAAGAACUUGCGGGCAGUAACCUACGAAAAGAGGGCCCAUUCCCUGCAGAUGGACCGGCUGAGGUGCCAAGUCCUGCAGAAGAUCGCCUUCGUUGUGAGCGUUGAGGUUGAUAGGUUCUUUAAAGCCUUGUUCCCACUGAAGGAGAGCCUUCCAGAUCCCCAAUUAAUCAACUACCGGGCUCUGCAGUUAGUGGAACAGCCCUCGUUUAACCAAGAGCGGAACAGCAUGAGGCUGAUGUGGAGACGGGCGUACUCCGUGGCGAGCUCAAAGGAGCACACCCCGCGGUCCUCACCGCUUCGGGACCGCCACAUCACCCUCUUCAGCGCUCAGGUGUGGCAAGACGUGCUGGCGGCCAAGAAAGAAGAGUUUGAGAGCGUGAUUGCUCUGCUUUGGCGCAGCCAGGCCACGGGCCAGAGGCAGGUGGGGAGAAUGGAGAGAAGUAACUGUUCGCACUAUGUGGGGCUGUUUCUAGAGCUGAGUGCCGGGGAUGCUGUGCAACUACAGCUCACCACGGCGGUUCAGCGGGGAUUUCUGGUGCCUUUUGUGCAGCUGUGGAGCGUGACGCCAGGUUUCGACGUCUGUUUAGAGCACACGGAAAGCCCAUCAUCAUGCUUCUCAAAUUACGCCAGCAAGUCAAAGGACAAGUACAAGACACUGGACUAUAGCAGGGUGUGGACGCUCAGUGCCAUGGAAUCUGCUUCGUGCGCUGUGGCAGAAAACGACUCCAUUGUCCUGCAGGAUGUCAAAAUAACCUGGGACACAAGGAACAGCGAAGGACAGCUGCAGGGGACUUUCUCCUUAACCAAAAGCUUCCUAGAGUGUGCCAUUGAUAUAGACUUCAACCACUGUUACAUGUAUCGGCUAGAAGGUCUGAUGCUCAGUGGAUGCCGUAAUGAUGAGGCUGUCUUAGCCACGACUCCAGAAACUCAGCUUGUCCAACGAGAGGCGGCAGGUGGCAGCUUUGUGGUUGAUCCAGCUACAUACACUUGGGUAGCCCAUGGGCUGACCGAAGAACAUAGUGACAAUGAGAAGCUGGACAGAAGUGGUCUGAAGACUCUGAAUUUACUCCAUUUUAUGUCCAUGGAGACAGUUCCUGUGGAGAUCCAGGACUCAGCCAGAUUUACGGUGGAAAUCAUUCCAAAGAUGCUUCGGAUAUCGGAAGAGAAUGCGAUCUGGAAACUGAAACAUGCCUCUAUGCUGGCCAAGAGCAUAGCACUGGGCCAGGAACCUCCUCAAACAGUAGAGAAAAAAUCCAAACUCCUGACACAAAAGACCUUUGAUAUCCCUGGGAGCCCGAGGAAGCUCAACCAAAGUCAAAACAAGGCAAUCUUAGAUGCUCUGAGAAAACCCUUCACUCUCAUCCAGGGACCACCAGGUACGGGGAAGACGGUGGUUGGGGUCCAUAUUGUCUACUGGUUCAACAAGCUGAAUGAGGAGAGGCUGGAGAAGGAACCAUCUCUGGACGAUGCGGAAAAAGCAGGAAAAUGCAUCUUGUACUGUGGCCCAUCCAACAAGUCUGUUGACGUUGUUGCAGAGAUGCUGUUGAAGAUAAAGGGGAACCUGAAGCCUCUGAGGGUUUAUGGCGAGGCAAUGGAGUCGAUGGAAUUCCCCUACCCCGGGAGCAGCCGGCACUUCUCCCGGAAAGCCCUGCGAGAUGCAAAACCUAAGCCGGAGCUCAGUGAAAUAAUUUUGCAUCACCGAAUCCGGCAGCCGUCCAAUCCUCUUUGGCGAAAAAUCCGGGACUUUGAUACAAAAGUGAAAAGAGAAGAGCAGAUAUCGGAAGAGGAGGUUAAGAAGUACAAAAGCCUGUUGUUAGAAGCCCGUGUGCAGGAGCUGCAAUGCCACAAUGUCAUCCUGUGCACGUGCUCCGCGGCCUCUGCCACCUGCCUUGUGGACAACCUGAACGUCAAGCAGAUCCUCAUUGAUGAGUGUGCCAUGUCCACUGAGCCAGAGACCCUCAUACCCCUGGUCAGCUACAUGAAGGCAGAAAAGGUUGUUUUGCUUGGGGACCAUAAGCAGUUGCGGCCUGUAGUCCACAAUGAUUUUUAGAGCCUUGGCAUGGAGACGUCCCUCUUUGAACGUUACCGGGACCAAGCCCAGAUGUUGGACACGCAGUACCGCAUGCAAAAGGACAUCUGCAGGUUCCCAUCCCAGGAAUUUUACAUGAGCAAGCUGACGACCUGCCCUGAGCUUAAACGCCCUACCAGCGCAUUCGAACACAGAUUCAAAAGCAGCUGUCCAAUCAUCUUUGGGCACAUAGAGGGGAAGGAGCAGAGUCUGAUGGUCUCCACUGAGGAGGGAAACGAGAAUUCCAGGGCUAACCUGGAAGAAGUGGAACAGGUGGUGAGGAUAGCAAAGCAGCUGACCCUGGAUGGCACCAUCAAGCCAGUGAAUGUUGCCAUCCUGAGCCCAUACAAUGCCCAGGUGUCGGAGGUCAACAAGCGUCUCACCCAGGAGGGUGUCCGUGGGAUGACGGUUUGCACCAUCAUGAAAAGCCAAGGGAGUGAAUGGAAGUACGUGAUCCUGUCCACUGUACGCUCCUGCUCUCGAUCGGAUAUUGAUAGGAAACCCACCAAAAGCUGGCAGAAGAAGUAUCUGGGAUUUGUUAUUGACCCAAACCAGGUCAAUGUAGCCAUCACUCGGGCUCAAGAGGGGCUCUGCAUUAUAGGAAACCGUUAUCUCCUGGAAUCCAACCCUUUGUGGAGAAGACUGCUAGAACAUUACAAACAGAUGGGAUGCAGCACUUUGGCUCACGACAUUCGGGUCAGGAAGAAGUCAGCCCUUCGCUGAUGUGAAUUGAUCACAACUGGAUAAACCAGUCCCUGCCUGAAAUGUUUGAUGGGUCCAUUGAAACAGUUCUGUGUUCAAGCCUCUUUUCUACCGUCCUGCACUAACCAGAGAAGAAAAUGCAUCAGGGACUGGCAAGCUGCACUUGACCACUCACCUUAAACUUUUUUUUUCUUUUUAAUGAAAAGGCAACUUUGAAUCAAGACUUUCAGCAUUUGCAAACCAAAAAGCUUUGGAAGUUGAUGGGUGCAGGGGAAGAUUGUGCUAUUUUGUGGAAGCCAAGAGAGCCUCAGUGGAAUUCCCAACCUGCAUUUUUGUGACGGCAGCUAUUCUUUGGGGACCAAAUAGAUAUUUUCACUUCAUCAGGAGCUGAAGGAUGGCAUGUGACAGACCUGCAGGCUUGAGCUGUGAUUUGCCAUACUUGGAUCAAGGCUGCCGAGUGCUACCACUAAUUCUGAAACCAAGGCCAGGAAACAACUAAGGUGAUCUCAUUUCUCAAAGCAGAAAAAAUAAUCUGUGUUUUAUUUUAAAUGAAGGAAAAAAAAAACCAAAAAACCAAAACAAAACCCAGAUAAUGAACUAUUCUUGGCCUUCAUGAAUAGGUAAAUAUCACUUAGCCAAGGCCAAGUACUUUUAUAAAUAGACAUAUUGACUCUUGGUGCAAAGGAGAUUGUGGUGGCCAGUAUAAAGCGAACGAAGACCAUGGGGGACAACCUCUACCAGCAGAUUUUGACAUUGUAAAGAUAUUUUUAAGCUGCCCACCUAGUUUUACUUGAAAAUGUUUCCUCUUGUGUAAAGAAUGUUCCCUCCUCCGUUCUUCUUCUUCUUCUUCCUCUUCGUAUUUCUUUUUUAAGCUGCUUCUAACUUAUUGACUUUUAACUCAGUGAACUUUGCUUUGCAAUCAAAGGCCCAUGCUUUUGGCCAUGUGAGAUGUAUGUGUAUAUAUUUUUAAAAUAGCCAAAUUGCUAUGAACUGAGAGGUGUGCAUCACUAGAGAACAGGAGGCUGACGGGAACAGGAGUUAUUUUUCCCAAUAAUUCAGUUCCGAUCAUGCCUGUGUACUAGUGAAAUGGUGCUCAGCACUGAAGGCUUGUUAAGCUGGAGCUGCUUAUGUGGGCAUGGUAUUUAUGGAGGACAGCAUGGCAAUCUCAUUAUUCCAGUUCUGACUGUACUUCUGCCUCAGCGCUCCCUAAGACCAAACACAUGGGCACCAGUAGAUGUCCGUGUAAGACUGAGCCAAGCUGCCAUUGCAACAUUUUUUGUAUCAAAUGAAAACAAGGUGGGCCAAGUGUCAUCCCGGGUGUAACUACCGACCUUUGUGACUUCAACAAGAAUUAUACCAGGGAUGAAUGAGUGUUGUGUUUGCAGGGCUCCUUUCCCAAAGUGAAGGAAUGUGCAAUAAGAAAACCUGAACAGCCAGUGUGUAAUGUCCUACUCCAUUUCCGUGAUCCUUCCUGUUAGGUUUGAGUCGUGUACAGCCAUGGAAAGUGCAAAACCUGUGGAGAAGGUUUUCCUUUUUCUGCUUCUUGUUUUGAAACUGCUUGCUUGCUCUCCUGCCAUGUAAUAGACCUGGUUUCUGGUAAAAGAGAACACACACAUCUGCUCUUCUAGUACUGCAGCAUAUGGGUCCAAGUCCCAUGACUGAGGAAAGAAUGUAGAAGGCUUACUCAGUAUUUCUAAAGGACACUGGAUAAAGGCUGGUCAUAGCAUUUGAAGCCAGAAGGGAUCACCAGCUCAUCCAGACCUACCUCUUUCUGUAUCACAGGCCACUAACAUUACCCAGCACCUGCACACUAAGCCCAACAACCAAAGUUUUACAGCCCUCAAGAGAAAAAACUAUUACAUGCCAUAGGCAGAGAACGGGUGAGUUCUUAGGCCUGAUAGUUGUCCCACACUGAAGCCUCGUAUCUCAAGGAUUCCAAACAGGCCUUGUUUUUGCAAACUAAUUGUUUUUACGAUUCCAGAAUAAACUCUGGACAGGGAUCACUUUGUGGACUAGUGAAACAAAUGGUGAAAGACAGUACUGGAAUCCUUAAGUUAAACACUUCGGUAUAGCACACACAUCCCAGCAGAGAGAACAUUGUAUAGCUAACACACUCACCAUGGUCCCUUUAAGCCCAGUGGGCCUUAUUCUUCUCCCUCUAGUGUAAAUCUGGAGUUUCUCCAUGGAAAGAAUGCAGGUUACACCAGCGUACAACUGGUAUAAAUGAGAGGCGAAUCAGAUGCACUGUAGGGGCUUAGUUUAAUAAUGCUGAGCAUUAUUUAGCCGUGUCACCUUUGCGUGUACCAUUUUCCACUUGUUCGUAUUUAAAAAAGGAAAAACAAAACACCCCCCCAGCCCACCAAACUACUACACCUUGUGCGGUAAAGUCUAGAGUGAAGUACUUCGUUCAGUCACUGUUAUCUUACAAGGCAACAGAUCAGCAUCCUCUCCGGAAAUUUAUUCUGAAAGAGAGUGGUCUCAUAACUUGUGUUCAAAAAUGCUGCCCUAUAGCCUACAAACUACAGUGAGAUCACAGCUUAGACUGCUGGGUUGCAUUGAUGUUGUAAAUAGGUAGUUGCAUAAUUGAUCAUGUAGCCUCAGUAGCCAGGGGUUAGCAGGAAGUGCAAUUAAUGUAAUGUUUUGUAGAGACUAUUACUGAUAACUGAAUACUGCGUCAUGGAUAUUGUGCUUCUGGAUGUACAGAAUCAGAGAAGUUAAUAUGGAAAAGACUCAUUAAAUGUAGUCCAGCUUCAUAUGCAUAGAGAGAUUUGAAUCAGUUAUUUAUGAUGGAAGGAUUCUUACAUAAAACUAUUGACAUAAAGACAAACCUUUUUUUAUUAUGUGGGGGGGGAAAGGAAAGCCCCCACUAUAAUUCCAAUGGCAUGUGUCUGGCAUGAUAGUGUGCAGUUUGUCGGCCACAUCACAGAGUUUGAUAAAACAAGGCUUGUGAAUGGUAAAAUAGGAGAUCAGAAUGGUUUCCUAGGGAGAUGCCAUGACUGGGAAAUAUCCUUUCAUCAUAAACAUCAGGGGUUGACUCCAGCUGGUGCUGACCAUAGGUGCAUGCCCAAAGAACAGCACAAUGGCUGCAGUUUGGGCGGAAAGGUGUCCAUCCUCAUGCACAGCCCACUAUUCUGUGCUUCUGACGGGAGUCAUGGCGGGGUGGGUCUGGACUGUAGCUAAGAGGUCGGAGUACAGCACCCUCACCACCCCCACUCCAUACAGCUUGCUCUUUCUGCAGGAAUGGGGUGAGGGACUCUCUUUGGGUUCUCAGCCAGAAGACAAGCACGUGUUAAAAUUGGCUUUGUGGUACAUGUCCAUUCAUGCUGGAGGGUAGCAUAGCUUUCCCCAGCACUACCGAGACUUCAACCAUAUGUGAGUUCAAGAAAGGUGAUCUACAUGUAGAGUAAACAGUGUCUCAGGCUUCAAUCUGAUGGAUCUUUGUGAUUUUAGCACUCUCCCGUGGGUCUGCUUCUGCUCCCAGUAAAACCAGUAGAAAAAUCUUUUGUGGCUUCAGUAGGAAUAGACAUGGGCCUGCAGUGCUGUUCCUGAGGAGCCGUACAGCUGUGUAGAGAAUGAUCCACUGCAAUAAAUCAGUUUUUAAAUGGAAAUAAAAUGUAAUGUGUUGUGAAAUGCAAAUUAAGGAACCUUAAAUGUGACAGGUUUUUUAUCUUAUGUGUGUCUGUAACGUGAGACUUGUAACAGCUUUGGAACAACAUUUUGGAUACAAAUAUUUUUAUCAGCUUCUAAUGUUUUUAAAUAAGAACCUCAACAUUCCUGUUUCAUAUUUAAGCCAUAAUUGUAAAGAUUAAAUUUAUUAAAUGAAAAAUGUUUAUUUAUGA